AUGGGUUUUAGUUAUUCAUCUAAGGAAGAAAACGCUAAAUAUUUCCAUCGAGGAUAUAUCUUAGAACCCAAUAUAAGACAGAGUGAUGGUUUGGAUUUCUAUAAUUGUAUUUUCCUUAAAAAAAGAGAAAAACGAUUAAUCAGAAAAGUGAAGAAUGUCAUGUUGAAAGGAUGGACAUUUACUGAUUUGAUAAAAAUAAGAUCAUUGAAUUAUGAAUGUGUAAAUAAUAAUUUAAAUUAUUUAUUAAGAAUUUAUAAUAUUUUUCAAGACCAAAAUUUUGCUUAUGUUGUUACAGAGAAUUGCUCGGGUGGAUUUCUGUUUGAUGUUUUAAAAAACAAUGACACCAUUAUCAGUGAAAAAAUAUUAGCUACCUGGUUCUAUCAAAUUAUAACUGCUCUUUUGUUUAUGGAAGAACAUGAUAUAUAUCAUGGAAAUGUAAAUGGAUAUUGUAUAUUGUUUAAAGAUGUGGAUAGAAAAGAAAUACGUGUGAGUUUAUUAAGUAAAAAUAAUUAUUAUGAUAAUUUUGAUGAGGAUGGAAAUUUGUAUGGUUUAUUUUAUAUUAGAUCACCACAAGAAAUAAGAAAAUUAUAUUAUGAUAAAAAUAAUACAUGGUAUAUAGGUAUUCUGUUACAUUUCUUUUUGUUUGGAACAUAUCCUUUUAUAAAUAAAAAUGUUUUAUUGAGUUAUUACAAUAUUGUUAAUAAAGAUAUUUCUUUUAAUACACAUCAAGUUCAAAAUAGAAACUUUAGUCCUUUCAUGUUGGAUUUUUUAGAAAAAUCCCUCGAAAAAAACUAUACGAAAAGACCCACCUUGAAGGAUUUACUAAAACAUCCGUGGAUAACUGGAAGAGAAAAACACCCAAAUAUCGAUAUAGUCGACGAGAAAACAAGAAUGAUUGCGCAACGAGCUAUAAUAUGCGCGGAAAAUAUUAUUCUUAACUUAGAGGAAGAAAAUGAGUGA